AUGGCACAAGUACCAGACAUGGAAUCCUAUCUAAUGGACAAUAACAGGUAACGUGGCUUAAUUUAUCAGAAUUACGUGUACGCUCUAAGGAGAUAUUGUCUCUUUUUUACAUAUAUCUAUAUAUUUAUUUAAAAAAAUGUAAUCAUUAUUGUAUUAUUAGUAUUUCCAACUUUGUAUCUUGUAGGAGAAACUAAACACAUUUUUCUUUAUUUUAGUGAAUAUGAGGGAGAUUUUUAUGGCGUGAUUUCCCAUGGAGCCAAGGUAAAUUCAAACACAGUGUCUAUUUAAUUUAAAUAAUGUAAAACACUCUUAUAUAUUUAUAUUUAAAUGUAGUAUUGAUACAAUGUUUAUGCCCAAUGAUUAGUGUGAGGUAUUUCACUCCCUGUCCAUGUAUUCCCUAAACAUUGUAUAGAUGACACUAAAAUCGCCAGGUUGGAAAAAUAGUAAAAGUGCAGUAAUGUUGGUUUAUACUUUCCAAUCUGUUUCUCAGUUGUUGUUUUUUUUUACUAUUUAGUGAAUAAUCCCCUAAAUCUGCCAUGUGGUGUUUGACUGUCUUGUAUUUGGAAUAUUAUUUUAAAACAAAGUUAAUGUGGCCUAUUGUCUUUUCACAGAAAGGGGUUCACAAUUCCCACUGCAUCUCCUGUCACAGAAGGACCUGUGUGUGCAGUUCUGGAAUACAUUUGGAGAUGGCCACAGAGGUGGAUUCUGGGUAUUCUUUCAGGAAAACCGUGGUACUCGUAGUGGCUGUUGAAAAACUGAAAAAAGGGUUAAUUUGCAACACGGGGUUCAAAGACACAGAUUUACUAAAUCUGCUAAAUGACAUUUUUGUGCAAGGUAAGGAGCAAAGCGGUUAAGAAGAGUUUAUUACAUUUAAUUUAUCAGCACUGAGGGUUAUGAAUAAAGAACAAUUUUUGUACAAAAUGCCAGAAAUGGAGCAAUCAAAUUGAAUAUUUAAUUGGUUUCCAUGGCAAAUGCUUCUUUUCUAGUCCCCAGAAUUAUUUGCCAGGUACCACAACUAGACAUGUGUAGCGUGUGCUGUAUUUUACAAACAGAUUGAGAUACUAUUACUUAACUGCUACAAUGUAAAUUAUAUAAUAUGAUCUUGUGUGCUUGUAAAUAGAAAUAAACAUAUACAAUAUAAUAUUGUUUUUCUAAUUUUAGAUUGGUUAGUUAUAAAUAGCUGAAAUAUUAUUGGCAGCAGUAAUUGCCCAUUAGUAAUGAUCAUUUGAAUGCUCCGUGCCAGGUGGAAGCUGGCAAAGUGACAUUAACCCACCCGGGAGAAUUUUGACAACUAAUCAUGUAGUUGAUACAAUGGACCUAAUGUCAGUUAGUAUAUAGACAAAAACACUGGAAUUUUAUUUAAAAUAGGAAUACGCAGUCAGAAAGAAGAUUUUGUGUAGAUUUUUUGGAAGUAAAAUAAGUUCCUCAAUCUAAAAUUAAAUUCUAACAGAUUGCAUGUUCUUAUUUUUAGAAGAAAUUCCAUAUGAGAACACAGAAUUCACUUUCGCUUCCUUCCCCAAGUACAAGUACAUUAAAACAAGUGAAUGCAAUAUCAAAGAUUCUCAUAAUAAGAGCAUGGCUUUGCAGCAAUUCCCUGGGAGCGCCAAACUUGUAGCUGUUUCGCUUCAAGGUUUAAACACCCAGAGAGAAGGUAAGUCAGUGUAACAGUGUUUCAGAGAUUGCUAGGCUAGAAUACAUGCUCUUAAGGCAGAACAGCAAUGUUUUAAGCCGCAGGGUUAAAACAGGGGGGAAUAUGGCACCCAGACCACAUCAGUGAAAUAAAGUAGUGUUCCCUUACAUGCCAAGUAAAUCUCUAGGGCCGGGGUAGACAACCUUCAGCACUCCGGAUGUUGUGGAUUACAUUUCCCCUGCCAAUAUUAUGGCUGUAAGAGCAUUAUGGGAAAUAUAGUCCACAACAUCUGGAGUGCAGAAGGUUUCCAACUCUGCUCUAGGGUAUAGAACUCUGAGGAUGCACCACUUUUAUGACUCCAAUAAAAUUAAUGAUGGCUGCCAGAACCAACAAGUUAUCAGACUUUUUAUUAUAGCAAAUAAAUAGAAAAAAUUUAAAAAACUUUAAAAAGAAAUAAAAAAGCAAAACUUGUUCAAUACCCUGCAUUUGGACAGAAAUCCCAUAACACAGAAACUGCCUUCAGUGUGAGACCAUAGGCCAGGGGCCAACAUCUGGAACUGUAGCUGAUUAUGUCUCAUAUGAUGCUCAGACAGUUGUCAAAAGUGAGUACUGUCAGGAUUCCAAAGUGAAUUUCAUAUUUAAGGCCAAAGUAGCUGAACUGGAAACACAGCUGACUUAAAGAAUUGAUUUUACUGUGUGUAAAUUAAAAAUCACUUAAAUUGCCCAAUUCUCAGUUUAAUGAAUAACCUGUUUGGUGAUUAUGCAGAUCCUCUUUAAAUGCAGUAUUUAUUAUUAUUAUUAUUAUUAUUAUUAAUAAUAAUUAUUAUCAUAAUUUCUGCAGCAAUUGAUUAUGGGUUGUUAUAUUAACUUUUUUUUUCUUUUCUUUACAGAGAAGAUUACCAUGUCUUUUUACGCUACUCAGAGUUUGAGCACACACCAACAAGCAGUUACUUUGGGUCUAGCGGGGAAGAACCUCUACCUAUCAUGCACCCUUGUGGAAGGUGAAGCUCAGCUGCAUUUGGAAGUAAGUAAAGUAGUAAAUGUAACCAAAAGAGCAUUUGCAUUUGCCAGCAUUGACGGGCAUCUUAAUUAGACUGUAAUUUAAUAUUUUUGGAUAAACUUUUCAAAUCAUAUGAUUAUAUUGGAUAAACUUCUAAAACAUUUUUUAAAGUAUUAAACAUCUACAAAAUAUCAUAUACAAAAACAAGUAUUAAUACGUUUAAAAAAAAAAUAAUAUUCAAAUAUUUUUCCAAUUGUUAAAUAAUUAUAAAAGUUUCUCCAAAAAUGUUAUAGAAAGUAGCAUUUUAUCUCUGCAAUGUUGUAGUCAACUCGCUAGUAAAUAAAUUAGUUUUUUCAUUUUAUAUAUACAUAUAUAUAAUGCAUGUGAAUCCAGCAUUCUACCAGUCUUGUCCUUGCCUGGGUGCCAAAAUAUAAAUAUUAAGCAAGGUGCACUCACAGGACUUUGUAGCUACAUUUUGAAGCUUUAUUUUGCAAUCAUACACCAGAAAAUGUGUCGAUGUUUGGGAGUUUUCUCAAGUCUCAAGUAUGUGUACAUAUAUAUAUAUAUAUAUAUAUAUAUAUAUAUAUAUAUAUAUAUAUAUAUAUUUUCAAUUUCUUUCGUAGACUACAAAUAUGAAUGAGGACAAGUGCACAAUAAUAAUUCCAACCUUUCUUAUUUUUUACUCAGGAGGUCAAUAACAUUAAAGAAGUGAAAAAUGAGGACUUGUUAAGAUUUAUUUUCCAGAAGUCUGCAUUUGGGUCUAGAUUCACCUUUGAGUCUGCGGCUUGCCCCGGCUGGUAUAUUAGCACUUCUCAAGCUGAAAACGAAUUGGUCCAGAUAAAGGCUGAAGCUGAUCAAAGAUAUAUCAGAGAAUUCUUAGUCCUUUCCUAG